AUGCGUCCCUGUCUCCGCCCCGGUCGUCCCCUCCGCGCUCUCCAGGCCGCGCGCUCGUACUCGGUCGCCUCCAAGCCGCACGCCUACCUCACCCCCGCGUCCAAGCUGCUCAACCGCGACCUGCCCGGUGUCUCCGCCAUCGUCCUCGACCGCCCUGAGGCGCGCAACGCGCUCUCGAUGCAGAUGGUCGACGAGCUGCUCGAGAUCAUGGCCAAGCUCCCCAACGACGGAACUCGCGUUACCAUGGUGCACGCCAACGGACCCGUGUUCUGCGCUGGUGCCGACCUCCGCGAGCGCAAGACAAUGUCCAGGGAGCGUGUUGACAAGUUCCUCAACGACAUGAACCAGAUGAUGCGCGAUCUUGAGAAGCUCCCCAUGCCCACCAUUGCUGCCGUGCAGGGACCCGCUAUGGGAGGCGGCACCGAGCUGUCGCUCUGCUGCGACCUCCGUACCGGUCAGCCCGAGACGACCUUUGCCCUUCCCGAGGUCAAGCUUGGCAUCAUCCCCGGUGCCGGUGGCACCCAGCGCCUGACUCACCUCCUCGGAAGGAGCAAGGCUAUGGAGCUUAUCUUCACCGGCCGCAAGGUUGACGUCAACGAGGCUCUCGAGCUCGGCCUCAUCGACAAGAUCGCCAAGGACGGCCAGAACUCCACUGACGCCGCUGCUGACAUUGUUGAGCUCAUGCUCUCUUCUGCUCCUCUCUCGCUCCGCGCCGCCAAACAGGCGAUCAAUGCCGCCCCCGGCACUCCCAUCGACGAGGGACUUCGUCUUGAGCGUGCCGCUUACGCUACCCUUCUCGACUCUGAGGACCGUCUCGAGGGCCUCCGCGCUUUCGCCGAGAAGCGCAAGCCCAUCUUCCAGGGCAAGUAG